AUGCCGACACUCGUGCGAACCAACUCAUACGCCGAUCCGGAUUUCACCUUGAGAAAGCAGUUUGGCAAAGCCUCAUUCAGGCCCUACCAGCGUGAGAUCAUCCAGGCAGCUCUCGACCAUCAUGAUGUAUUUGUGCAAGCUGCAACCUCGUUUGGCAAGAGCCUCUGUUUUCAGCUUCCGGCCGUCAUUAACAAUGGCAUCACCAUUGUCAUCUCACCCCUCCUGAGCUUGAUGAUGAACCAAGUCGAGGCUCUCCGGUCCGCCAAUGUCGAUGCGCGGACACUCAACAGCAAUACAUCCCAAGAAGAGAGAGACCGUAUAUACCAGGACCUAGCAUCCGGCCACCCACGCACGCGGUUGCUCUAUGUGACACCAGAGCUCUGCUCCGGUGACUUCUUCCGCAAGCGCCUCAAGAUCGUAUACCAACACAAGGAGCUUGCCCGGAUUGCCAUUGACGAGGCGCACUGCAUCUCGGAAUGGGGACAUGAUUUCCGCAAGGACUUCAAGCGCCUGUCUUGGUUCCGCGAGACUUUUCCUGACGUACCGAUCAUGUGCCUAACAGCCACGGCCAAUGACCAAGUCCGUAGGGAUGUACUUUCGACAUUAGGCCUGGACAAGACACCGGAAAGGGUUAAGAGCUUCACCAUGACCGCGUACCGACCCAACCUGCACCUCGAGAUUCGAUUUACUAGCGACGAGGCCAAUGAUCGCUUCGACAACUUUUGCGCCUGGAUGAAGGGCGUCUACGAGAGGCGAGGUUCAGAGGAGAGAAGAUUGGAGAUCGACGCUCUGGGGCAGCGUGUGGAAAAUGUCAGCGGCAUCAUCUACACCACGUCUCGGGACGAGUGCGAGGCCAUAGCGGUCGCACUACGGCAAGAGGGCAUAGGCGCCCGUCCUUUCCACGCCAAGCUGUCAAAGGACACCAAAGAGGAGACGCUCAACAAGUGGAUCAACAACGACCCUGGAUACGACAUCAUUGUCGCUACCACCGCGUUCGGGAUGGGCAUCGACAAGGACAACGUGCGAUUUGUCUGCCACUGGCGCCUGCCAAAGUCCUUCGAGGGCUAUUACCAGGAAGCGGGAAGGGCGGGGCGUGACGGCAAGGCGAGCUACUGCUUUCUAUACUACAGCCGCGAGGACAGCAACCGUGUCUUCAACCUGACCAUGAGGGACUCCAAGGAGGGAUCGAACAGGGACGCGCGGAUCAAGAGCUUGCAGCAGCUCAUCGCCUACUGCGAGGACACCACAGGGUGUCGCCACGCCGCCAUCUGCCGCUACUUUGGAGAGACCGCAGUCCCGGUUUGUGAUUAUGCCUGCGAUUGGCACAAGGACUCGUCGGAUCUGAAGCGAAGGAUGAAGACGGGCCUGGCCAGCGAGGAGUGGGUGAGCACCCAGCAGCAGGAGGGAGCUUUCGAUGGUGUCAACUGGUACGACUAG